CAGACAUUAAACUACAUAGCUUGAAGAGGUAAGUGGUGGAUUCCAAACAUAAAAAAACUCCUAUAAUUUGAAAAGGAGUAAAAUUUUUAUAUUUAAUAAAGAUUCAAUGCAGUACUUAAUGCAAUUUUGUGUGUUUGUAUUUGAUGUUGUGUUCAUAUCUAUACAGAAGUAUUGUAAACCUUAUUAACUGUCAAAUACAAAUGGUAUUUUUUAAAGAUUCCACAUAAUCAGAAAAUUGAAGCAUUAAGUUGUUUAAGUUUUAAGAAUUAGGUUACAGAUUUUUUCUGGAUGGGAAGUCUGGUUUGAAAGAUUUGGACAUCUAUUUAUUUUUGUUCAUUUCGGUUCUCCCUAGGAACGACAAGCAGAGGACUUUUCUCAAUAAAAUAACUCCUUUUCUUUUUCAGAUGUAAAUGUUGCUGUAAGAAAAAUAGCAAACCUGCUAAAGCCUGACAAAGAAAUCCUUCAGAACGGGGAUCAUAUGAUCAUUAAAACACUAAGCACUUUUAGAAACUACAUCAUGGAAUUUGAUGUAGGGAAGGAGUUUGAGGAGGAUUUAUCUGGGGUGGACGAUCGCAAGUGCAUGACCACUGUGUCUUGGGAUGGAGAUAAGCUGCUUUGUGUACAGAAUGGAGAGAAGGAAGGCCGUGGUUGGACCCAGUGGAUUGAAGGAGAUGAAAUGCACCUGGAAAUAAGAGUGUGUGGAGUCACAUGCAAGCAGGUCUUUAAGAAGGUGCAGUGAGCUACUGCUUCUACAGGAGUGAAGAAGAGUAGAAUUUACAGACUUGCCACCAACUCUCCAAAUGCUGGUGCUGAGCAUCCUCGAAACACAGAAAUGAAGAUCACAUUAGAACUGUAUAGUUGGAAUAAAAUAUUUUUAGGAAAUUGAAAAAAAUGACUGCAAAUAAAGC